AUGGACCAACAGCAGUCCAACAAGGCUCAUAGGGGAGCCACUAAAAAGACAGGUGCAAAGAAAAAGCUACACCAAAAUGGGAACAAUGCUAAGGCUUUUGCUGUAUCUGCUCCAAGAAAGUUAGAGCGAAUGGCGAGACGGUCUCAUGAUGUCAAUGAGAGGAAACUACAUGUGCCUAUGGUCGACCGUACUCCAGAAGAUGAUCCGCCGCCAGUUAUAGUUGCAGUUGUUGGCCCUCCGGGGACCGGCAAAUCCACAUUGAUAAAGUCGCUCAUUAGGAGAUUGACAAAGACAACAUUAACAGAAAUCAAAGGUCCUAUCACCGUUGUGAGUGGGAAAAGGAGAAGGUUGACGUUUAUUGAAGUCAACAAUGAUCUAAAUUCAAUGAUCGAUAUGGCAAAAGUAGCGGAUUUGGUAUUGAUGUUGAUUGAUGGAAAUUACGGAUUGGAGAUGGAGACGAUGGAGUUUUUGAAUAUUGCUCAACAUCACGGUAUGCCCAGAGUCCUUGGAGUUGCUACACAUUUGGAUCUCUUUAAAUCUCAGUCUACCUUAAGAACAUCCAAGAAAAGGUUGAAACAUAGGUUUUGGACAGAAGUUUACCAAGGAGCAAAAUUGUUUUAUCUUUCUGGUGUUAUUAAUGGCCGUUACCCAGAUCGAGAAAUUUUGAACUUGAGUCGAUUUAUAUCGGUUAUGAAGUUUAGACCUUUGAAAUGGAGAAAUGAGCAUCCUUAUUUACUCGGUGAUCGUAUAACAGACUUGACUCAUCCUCAGUUAAUUGCUGAGAAUCCUCGCUGUGAUCGAAAAGUGGCAGUCUACGGAUAUUUGCAUGGAACCCCUUUACCUUCAACAGAUGCACAUAUACAUAUAGCUGGUGUUGGAGACUAUACGGUAUCUGCAGUAGAAAAACUACCUGAUCCAUGUCCAACGCCAUACUUUGAACAAAAAAUAGAGGAAUUGGAAAGGGAGCGAAUCAAGGCGGCCGCAGAACUGGGUGAACCUUUGGCCAAGACAACUAGGAGAAGAAAGAGAUUGGAGGACAAACAAAAGAUUAUUUAUGCGCCAAUGUCGGACGUUGGUGGGGUAUUGGUGGAUAAAGACGCUGUAUAUAUCGACAUCGGUAACAAAGAAAGUUUCAAUGCCGCAACCAAUGCUGAAGAUGAAUUUAAGGGGGAAGGUGAGACAAUGGUUACCAAUUUACAAAGUGUAGUCAAAACAAUGAGUGAAAGAUUUGAGGAAGGACCUGGUUUGCAGUUAUUUUCAAAUUCAAAUGCUUUGAAGACUCUUAAUGGCAAUGAGGAAGGAGAGGAAGAAGAGGAAGAAGAGGAAGGUCUUUUGUCUGGCGAUGAAGAAGAGGUUAUUGUUAGCACCGGUAGAAAGACUUUGAGAAAUGCUCGGGUUUACGGGAAAUCGAUUGCUGAAGAUGAUGAAUUUGAUGACAUGGAAUUUAGCGAUGAAGAGGAGGAAGACGUAUCUGAUGGUGAAAAUGGAGAAUCAUCAUCACGAUUAGUUGAAAUUGAUUUUGAUGAAAAUGAUAGUAAAAAUCAGAAAGAAUUUGAGUAUGUCGAGGACUCUGCCCUUUCGUCCGAUGAUGAUGAUAAUGAUGACGAAGAUCGGAGUAUAUCAUAUAAGGCAACUGCAGCUAAACUAAGAGGGUCCUCUCAAAAAUGGAAUAUCAACAAAUUGAUUUAUAUGACAAAUAUAGAUCCAGCAGAUGCACUUAGAAGAUGGAGAGGUGAAUCGUUGAAUGAAGAGGUAGAAGAAGAUAUUGAGCAAGACGAUGAAGAUUUUUUCAAAAAGAAAGACACCAAAGACACAAGCGCCGAUUUGGACAAUCUAAAACCCACUUUCCCGCUGCUUCAGGAGUUGAAGAAAAGGUUUAAUGAAAAUGAGGAUAGUGACGAGGAAUAUGAAAAUGGGUAUGAGGUACUUAAGAAAAGAUUAUUUUCAGCACCUAAGUUGAAUAAUAAUAAUAAUAACGAUGAUGAUAAUGAUGAUGAUGAUGAGGGCAAUACAAAGAAUGUAGGAGAAGAUGAGGACAAUGACGAGGAGAUAUAUGGAGAUUUUGAAGACUUGGAGGAGGAGAACCAAGGCGACAACUCUAAAGAAGAGGAUUUGGAAAGUGGAAAUAAAUUGAAUGAAGAUGAGGAUGAUUUUGCUGAUUUUGAAGCAGAGGAGAAUCGAGAAAAUAACGAGACAGAAGAAGAAGAAGAAGAAGAAGAAGACAUGACCCUUGAAGAAAGACGUAGAUUGAACGCCGAGAAGAAGGCACAAUUCAAAACACAAUUUGAAGAAGAGGAAGACCGAGAGUUUGGUGCUGAUGAUCCUGAAGGAGAUACAGAAGCCGAAACCUGGUACGAAUUUCAAAAAAACAAAAUGGCAAAGCAAUUGGAGAUAAAUAAAGCGCAAUACGAAGAAAUGGAUGAACAGCAACGUAUCAAGAUAGAGGGCUACAAAGCGGGGUCAUAUGUCAAGAUUGUCUUUGACUCCUUGCCUUGUGAGUUUGUGGAAACGUUUGCACCUGAGUACCCACUCGUACUUGGUGGAUUGUUAGCAACCGAAUCUAGAUUUGGAAUAAUGAAUACGAGAAUUAGGAGACACAGGUGGUACAAAAAGAUAUUAAAGUCACAAGACCCUUUGAUAUUGUCGUUGGGAUGGCGUAGAUUCCAAACCUUACCAAUAUAUACCACAUCGGAUUCGCGAGCAAGGAAUAGAAUGUUGAAGUAUACCCCAGAACAUGCUUAUUGUUUUGCGUCGUUUUAUGGCCCUCUUGUUGCGCCCAACACCACUUUUGUGGGAUUUAAUAUGGUUGAUAAUGAGUCCACCACAGGGGCCUUUAGAGUAGCAGCUACCGGUAUUGUUGAAGACAUAAACUCGUCUGUUGAAAUUGUUAAAAAGUUAAAGUUGGUUGGCUAUCCUUACAAAAUAUACAGGAAUACAGCAUUUGUCAAGGAUAUGUUUUCAAAUGCGUUGGAGGUGGCUAAGUUUGAGGGAGCUCAGAUAAGAACAGUUAGUGGGAUCAGAGGUGAAAUUAAACGUGCAUUAUCGAAGCCAGAUGGGUGCUUUAGAGCAACUUUUGAGGAUAAGGUAUUAAUGUCAGAUACGAUAUUUUUGAAAACAUGGUACCCUAUAAAGAUUAAGAAGUUCUACAACCCAGUGACGUCCUUAUUAUUGAGCCGCCAUUCCGAUUGGAAAGGUAUGAGAUUAACCGGACAAGUUCGAGCAGAGAAUAAUAUCUUGACUCCUUUACAAGACGAUUCUCAGUAUAAAAAGAUUGAAAGAGUCGAAAGGAGAUUCAACCCUCUUAGAGUUCCAAAAUCAAUCAAAAGUGAAUUGCCAUUCAAGUCACAAAUUCACGAGAUGAAACCACAAAAGAAACAAACUUAUAUGAGUAAAAGAGCAGUUGUAUUAGGAGGUGAAGAGAAGAAAGCUAGAGACUUGAUGCAAAAGAUUUCAACGAUCAGGAAGGAAAAGGAUACCAAGAGGAAAGCCAAAAAGGUGGAAAAAUUCAAGGACAAAUUGAAAAAGAUUGCCAAAAUAGAAGAAUUUAGAAAAGAGAAGGAAAGUGAACGUAAGAAGGACUAUUUUGCAAAAGAAGGUAAAAAGAGAAAGCUAAACUCUGGUGGAGAUGGAGCGAAUAAGAAGAGAAGGUAA